AUGGCGUCGGUCGACGUACUGACCCCUUCCCCCGGGGGAGGCGGUGCGAUCGACGUUACACGCCUUUCUACUUUUCUCCUGGUCGGGGAAGAUGUUAUUUCUUCUCUUGCUGGAAUCACCGAGGACUACAUAACUUCGGUUCUCCGGGCUAUCGAUGACAGAGCUAGGGAGUAUGAGGAUUUGCGGGCCGACAAACUACGGGCCGAAGUUGAACUGGAGCAAUCCGUCCGUACCGCCGAUAAUAAAGUCAAGGGGAUGAAGAAGCAGAUGGACGCAAGCCUUAUCGAGACGCAAGAGUUUAAAUCGAAGUUCGAGAACUCAGGUUUGAUUGUGCCCUUGAAUUGUUGGGGAUUUCGGCUACUUACACAUGGCUUCCUUCGCCUCCAGAAACCGCUCGAAAAGCCGUCGAAACUGAACUCGAGAACUACAAAUCAUCGAGGGUCACUGUCGACGAAGAGAUCCACACAUUGAGAACUCGAGUUCAAUCGUUGGAGUCGGAUAAGCGGGACACUUUAGACGCCCUUGACCGCAAGGCCAACGAUUACGAUCGCCUGCAAGAUGAGUACGCAGCCUUACAGUCCACAUCGAUUGAGAAACGUCAGGAUAUUAGCUCCCUCGAGACUCAGCUUCGACAGGCGCAGUCGACGCAAACGUCCUCCAAAUUUAAGGAACAAAACCUCCUUCAAGAGGUUGAGUUGCUUAAGAAAAACAACGCAUGGCUAGAGAACGAACUUGGUACCAAGGUCGCGGAAUUCCAAAAAUUCAGGAAGGAAAAGGCUGCUCAAGUCUCCGCUUUGCAACGUGAACUCGAUGAAGCAUUGAGCUCGGUGGAUAUUACACAGCGCAACUCGGACAAUUUGAAGCAGCGUUUUGACGAGGUAUCCAAGAAAGCGGAGGAUGCUCUGGCUAAAGUUCAAGACCUCCAGAAUAAGGCAGUGCUCCAGGAGGAAAACUUUAGAAAUGAGAUGCAUUCGCAACAGCGAUUAGCAGAACUAUUCGAACAGUCUACUAAGAGCGCAAGGGCAAGGGUAGCCGACUUGGAGCGAUUGCUGGAACAGGAACACGAGCGCGAAAGCGUGGAAAUUGGCCGGGCACGUGCAGCAGCCGAGACGGAGCGGGCCGAGAAGGAUGCUGCUAUAACUCGUGUUUCGCAGCUGGAGGUGCAAGUGGAGAGAUUAGAGGCUGACCUUUCUGCGUAUGCCACCGGUCUGUUUAAUGCUGGCUCUCCCCGGGGAAGCAUUAAUGGAAACUCCACACCAAAUCGCCGCCCGGGAUCAGCAGCUGGAACACCCGGUGGGUUGAAUUUAGCCUCUCCCGCUGCAAUUAGGCUCCAAAAGUCUGGCAUUUCUGUGACCCAGCUAUACUCGGACUAUAUGGCUAUGAAAGCCAGUUAUGAAGCUGAGAAGCGAAGGAACACCAGGUUGGAGGAAGCUAUCGAGGAGGUAAUGCAGGACCUGGAGCAGAAAGCCCCUGAAAUUCAGGAACUUCGUGAAGAGGAUGCAAGAUUACAGAAGGACUUGAUUGAAAUGAGCGAAUUACUCGAUAGAGCCCACAAAGAAAACGAACGAAUCGAAAAGGACUCCAGAACCAUUUCCCUGAAAUUUAAGGAUGCCGAACGGGAGGUUGUUGUUCUCAGAAAGCAACUCCGCGACCUGAGCACCCAGCUUCAAGUUCUCCUGGUCGAGAUAGAGCACCGUGACUCUGGAGCCGAUCCACUUUCUGCGGCCCAGAACGAGGUUUACGAACAAGUGAUCAACGGGACCGAGCGCGAUGCGGCCGAAGGAGGCACAGACAGGAUAAUUUCACAGAAAUUGACCAUAUUCCGCGGUGUCCGAGAGCUCCAGGACAAAAACGAGCAGUUGCUGAAGGCUAUCCGGGAGUUGAGCAUGAGGAUGGAGCAGGAGGAGCGAGAUAGGAGGGCCGAACAAUUAGGGAAGGAAGGGACAGAGGUUGCACAACUGAGAGGUGUUGUAGCGAAGCUUAGGGAUGAGCUCACAGCUUUAGGUGCGAAGGCACAAUCGUUUGUUCGUGAGCGUGAUAUGUUCCGUCGCAUGCUUCAGAAUAAGGGCGACCUCCCUGCAAAUAGCGGCACCAAUGACCAAGAUAUGCCCGCCUCCGGUGCCGGCCCAACUUCAAGCCAAGGUCCAGAAAAUCUUGCAGAGCUCCUCCGGGAACUUCAGGCGCAAUACGACCAAUUUAAAACAGAGGCGCUAGACAACCACACGACUCUGAAUGACCAAACCAGGCGAUUGGCACAGGAAAAGACAGAGUUAGAGGUGAAGGCGCGAACAGUGGCUUCUCAACUUGAAUUGGCUAAUGGUAUGGGUUGCCCCAUCAUGGAUCGUGUUCCGUGCUAACAACCACUUGAACAGACCGAUAUGAGAUGCUCAAUGGAAACUUCAAUAUUCUCAGAAUGGAGAAUACAGAGCUUCAAAAACGCAUAGCUUCCUUACAAGAGGCCCAGGCUAAGGAGGAUGUGAUAAACCGGAAGCUUACGGAAGACCUUGCGGAUUCCCAAUCUGUGCUUGAAGGGAUGCGCAAUGAGACUGCCAAUCUCAAGGCGGAGAAUAAUCUAUGGAAGAAUAUCGAGCAACGCCUUGCCCAGGACAACGAAGCCCUUAGUCAUGAACGAACCCGGCUGAAUGAACUUAUCGCUGAUCUUCAAUCCAUGCAAACUCAACGGGAACGAGAAGAGUCGGAGACGAAAAGGCGCCUCAACAGCCAGAAUGAGAAACUCGAGACGGAGAUUCAGCAGACAAAACGCAGGCUAAACGAGGAAAUCGAGGCAGCGAAAAAGUUCGCCGUCCGGAAGGAGAUCGAUGCCAGAGAUGCCCAGAAAAAGAUUGAUGAUCUAAAUAGCACGCUCGCCUCGACAAGGGAAUCUCUUGUCGCUUCCCAGACAAACCAAACCCACCUCCAAUCCAGGGUAGAAGGGUUAACGAGUCAGUUGAAGUCCGUGGAGGAGAAAUUAACCAUCCAGUCAUCUCAGCCUCAAAUCGCCUCUCGGUCGGAUGGAGAGGAUGACGAUGAAGACUCGGAAUAUCGACUACGGGUACUUCAGGAAGAGUGCGAUAAACUGCAAGGCCAAUUGAGCGAUGCCACCAACGAAAUCGACAACCUCAAGACACAGGUCGAACAUUACAAAUUGAUUGCUCUAAGUGGCGAGGAGGAACUUGCGAGCAUCAAUGAAACUUAUGAUGCGUACAAAGAGAGCAUGGAGCAACAGGCCAGUGAACAAGAGGUACGCCCGGUCAUGAAGAAAGUGUAUGCACGGCCCUUGGAUGAUACUAACUUCUAGUGCAGGACAAGGUUCAUGACCUUGAGCAGAAACUUGAGGAUACCAAUAAUGAGUUAGCAUCCGUUAAUCAGGAAUUAUCCGACCUUCGGCAAGCGGAGCUCGAGAAGCGACAACAAUUCGAAGAUGAGAGGAGCCUCCUACAAUCUCAGAUCAAUGGUUUGAAGGAAGAUACCGAGAAGAAUACCGCGGCUGUCUCUUGCUACCAAGAAGAUCUGAGAAGCCAAGCCCGCAUCGCCCAAGACGCCCAGCAGAAUUAUGAGCGUGAGCUCGUCAAACACGCUGAAGCCGCCCAGGCACUACAACAAGUUCGCGAGGAGCACUCCAAGCUUAAAGCUGAGGUUUACCAGAUUAAGUCUGAGGCAGAAACGGCGAAGAGUAGCCUUGCAGUAUCUGAGUCUAGCUGGGAUUCUCAGAAGGAAAUGUACGUCAAAGAGCUCGAGGAGACUAAAAAACAUUCCGAAGGCCUUUCCAAGCAAUACAAGCUUUUACUCGACCAAUUCGAGAAUGUCAACACCCAAAUAUCGGAAAUCAAGAAAUCUCGUGCUGCUUCAGAUGAUUACAAUGAGUCCAGAGAACAACCCACGACAGACAGGAGUCUUGAGGACCUCCGAGAGGUCCUCAGGUAUCUCCGUAACGAAAAGGAGAUUGUGGACGUCCAGUACGACUUGUGCCUACAGGAAAAUAGGCGGCUCAAACAGCAGCUCGAUUACACUAAGACUGCUUUAGAUGAGAAUAAGCUAUUACUUGCGCAGGAGAGAGAGCGUGAAUCCGCCCAGCUUCGUGGGGCCAUGCAACACAAGGAUUUAAUGGACAGGAUCUCGGAACUGAACAUCCUACGGGAGAGCAACAGCGCUUUACGAAGCGACUGCGAGAAGAGGGCCAAGAAGGUCAAUGAACUAACCGAAAAGGUUGACGAGCUCGUGGCAAAGAUUCGGCCUCUAGAAGGUAACGUAAAUUGCCACUUCGCAUGAAAUUCAUCCGAAACUAAUUCAUCCCGAACAGAUCAAGUGAGUGCUCUUGAAGCGGAGAGAGAAGCCAAAGAGGAGCAAGUCAAAUUAUUACAGGAGAAUAGUGAACACUGGAAAGCCAGAGCGCAGCAAAUUCUCCAGAAAUAUGACGUAAGUUUAAUUGGCUCCGGGUCUUCGGGCUUGUUUAACCUGGCGCAGCGCGUCGAUCCUGCCGAGCUCGAAGCCCUCAAGGAACAGGCGAGAACUCUUGAGGAGAAGUGCAGCACUCUCGAGGCUGAGCGCGAUGCCCUUCAAAAUCAGAUUGCCGAAUUUGAAGAGCUGAAGCAACAAGAGCUUACCGAGGCGGCGGAGGUCUGGCGAUCAAAGCUUUCGACUAUCGUUCAGACAACAAAGGUAAAGCUCCGUGAGGCCGGCGACAAGCUGAUAGCAGAGAAGAAGAAUUCCACGGACACCCAAGAGCAAUUGGGGGCCCUUCAGACAGAGCUCAAUGCUGCCCGGCAGUCAAGCAGCGAGGAAGUUAAGCGAUUGCAGGAGGAAAAGAACAGGCUAGAGUCUGAAUUCCAAGCUAUACAAACCAAAGCUACCGAGGUUGAAGAGAACUUCAAGAGUUAUAAGGGUAGAACAUCAACAUUACAGCGUGAUAUGGUGAGAAUCUGAGACCAUAACAUAGGUUAUGUAUGCUAACUGUGGGUUGCAGGCCAUCUUGAAGAAGCAAUACGAGGAGGCCCAACAGGAAAUAAACGAACUCAAGGCCCUGGGAAAACCUGCCCCUAUUGCCCCAAUGGCCCCUACCAGCGACGAGGCAACCAUUGAGGCAGAGGUUACUCGAAGAAUUGCUGCACUUCCACCAGCCAACAACUCUGCAUCGAUUGAGGCAGAGGUAACCCGGAGGCUUGCCGAGAUACAAGCCAAUCAGCCUGCCCAACUGAGUGCGGAGCCGAUUGAUCAUACAGCCGCUAUCGAAGCGGAGGUUGCCAGACGAAUUGCCGAUUUCCAUGCAAGCCAGACCUCACAGAACACUGAGCCCCCGCAACCCGUGGACAAUUCUGCUGCUAUCGAAGCUGAAGUAGCCAAGAGAAUGACUCAGGCCCAGAUCAUUGCAAAUUCUGCCGCUGUUGAGGCAGAGGUUUCUCGCAGGCUCGCUGAGAGCCAGGCGUUGCAUGGCUCCGAGCCGGGUGAAGUAACGCCUUCCGCUGCUGAUGUUGAAAAGAUAGUUGAGGAUCGUGUAAAGAAGGAAAAGGAAAAGCUCGAGCAACGAAUUACCGAGGCUCGCAAGGGUUUCCAGGAAUACAAGGCGAAGGCUGUUGCCAAAGCUCUUAGUGAUGCAGCGGUUGAUUUCGACAAGAAAAUGGCCGCUAAGGACGAGGAGCACAGGAAACAGGUUCAAGCCCUGGAAACGGCAAUCGCGCAGCUAAAGAGGGAGAUUGGAGAGCUCAAGAAGCAACUGGAAGAGGUCAAAGCAACUCAGUCCACCGUUCCCCAACUCGAUGCUGAGCGGCACCAGAAAGCCCUUGAUGCUAAAGAUCUAGAACACCAGAAGGAGGUCCAAAAGAUUAAGGAGGAGGAGGAAUCAAAGCUUGAGCAGGCCAAAGUGGAUAUCCGACAUGAGGUGCAGGCAGAGUUUCUUGUUAUAAAGGGCGGUGAAGCUGAUACGACCGACCCAUCAGCCAAAAAACCUCCAACUCAAGAGGAAUUGAAAGCCGUCAUCAAGAGAAACGUUGAGCACCGCCUUGGGAAGGAGAAGGAGAAAUGGCAACGGGAAAUCGAUAACGAGCAAGAAAAGACCAUUGAAUCAAAAUUGCAGGGCGUUCUCGCGGAAAAACUGAAGGAAAUGGAGGCCGAGCUCCAAGCUCAGCAGAUGGCACUACUGGAAAAGAGCAAGGAUGCAUUAAGGCAAGAGGGGGCGGCGAGAAUUAAGGUUCAGCUGAGCAUGAUGGAAAAACGGAACAAGACUCUGGAAGAAAAAGUCAAAGCUUAUGAAUCCCUUGGAGGAAGUCCACCCCAGCAGGCGGCGCCUCCAGCCACUGCUAUCAAGCCCCCAGGAACGGCAAUCAACCCAGCCCCACCGCAAGGGGAAACCAGUCAAAUUCCUCUUCCACGAGGCCAGGGUCCUCCACGUAGAGCAGACGGACAAGGAACCGGUCCAGCAGCACUGCGAAGUCUCCGCGGCGCCCUUGAGUCCAGCAUUCCGCGCGGCGGUGGACGGGGUGGUGGUCAAGGUGGAAGAGGAGUGGGCGGUCAAUCGCAACAGCCGCAGCAGCCGCCAUCCGGUACUCAGCAAUCACCGGCCGCUUCUCAGCCAUAUCCGCAGCCAGCAUUUCAAACGCCUCAAAUGAGUCAGAUGGGUCAGAUGUCCCCGAAUCAGCAGCAGCAGCAGCAGCAAGGACUACCGCAACCCGUCUUUGGCCAUCGCCCAAGUCUACCGGGCCAGGGACAACCCCAGUCUCAACCUCAAUUACCUAGGCCCGGAAUCUUCGGUGGCGGAAGAGGAGCCGGAGGUCCCUUCAACCCCAGUCAAGGUCGCGGUCGUGGAGCUGCACCGCAACUACAAAACAUCCAGACCGGACACCCUCAACAAAACACCACCCCGUCCCAGCAGAGCCCAGGUCGUGGCAUGAAUCCCGUUGCGCGCCAAUUCGUGCCUACGAAGCGCCUGCGGGAAGACGGUACAGAAGCAGAGGAUCAGAGCUCAAACAUAGGAAAGCGCAUAAGGGGCGGUCAUACCGGUCAAGCUUGAUUCAGAGUUUGUUUUAACUACCCUAUGUGGUUCUUUCGUUUCGAAGGCUUUUAGUUGUUUUUUUCUCCCCCCUCCCAACCCUUCAUUUUCUACCUUUUGCUGUUGCAUUUCAGACUGUAUAGCCUGGUUGAGCUAAAAAAAAAAAAAUCACCUUUAUUUUUCCCUUUUCUCUUUUUUUCUCGAUCCCUUAAUUUCCUUUUUUUCGUUUUUCUUUUUCUCAACUGGUGUUUUAUUUUGCCGUCAUGCGUUCGUGGGUUGGGUUGGUUAGGUCAUCACUGGUGCGAAUAAGUGUAGUUUAUAUCAAAAUAGUUUUCAUCUUGUUUUUUUUUCUUUUCAUUUUCUCACGGCAUUCACUCUCUUCUAUUAUGUUGGCUUUAGCAUUGCAUUUGCAACCCGGGAUUAUCAUUUCAUAGUGUCCUUUGCGCUUGUCGGCACGGUGACUAUUACAACUUGAUGUCCACGAUACCACGCGGUAUUUAUCGUGCGAUAUCACGGUGGACGUAUCAUGGGGGAUUGAUGGGUGGGUGGGAGGUGGUGGAAGGAGGAAUAUGACUUACGCUACCCGCGAAUACUCUAUCAUAAUCCGAACCCUCAGGUUUGUUUUUGUUUUUGUUUUUGUUUCUGUUUUUGUUUUUUCUUUUUCUUUUCUUGGCUACGUUUUUUUUGCUAUCGCAGUCCCUCCACUUUUCGGUGGGAUGAGUUAGUUAAAUUGUUAGGAUAGGUUAAUCAAAAUUACCCCUAGGAUUUCCACGCUUAUAAUAUUU